CUUCUCAUUAUUUUAAAAAAACCAACCUCAGAGAUGACAAAAUCAUCUGUCGACAAUCUUGUGUAUAUUGAUGAUUACAUUGACAUCAUUGAAGCUCUUCAAAUCGAUCUUCAAAAGAAUUUCACCCUUUUAAAAGAAAUGGAUGGUUAUGCACAAGAGUCAACUACAGCCACCGCCAAAGCCGCUAUUGACUUGAUUGACAACAUUGAUUGUAUAGACGCCAACGAUCGGUUUAUAAAAUUAAAGGCCAUGGUGGAAUUACUCAGUGAAACAGCCCAAAGAAAUAGCGAAAAGGCAGCACUUGCCAAAGUCACUUCUGAUGCAGUCGAUCGUCACUGCAAUCGUUUAGAUGCCAAUUUAGUUAAAUUCGAGGAAAGUUAUCCUAUUGGAAAACUUCGCAUUGCCUCUUUACCCGGAUUAGCCCCUUCUUCCAAAACUUUGCGUGAAUAUUCCAAACUUUCCUCCAAAGAAAAAAUCACAAAAAAAAUCAAUGAUAGAAAAGAAUCACAGUCAGCCAAAAAGAGAAGAGCGCCGAAGGAAGAUAUGUUAAACAUACCCAGAUCAUUAAAAGAUGCAAGAAAUCAUACUGAAAAAGGAAAACCAAUGAAAACAUUGCCUUCCAGAAAGAAUGGGAAAUUGAAGUCAUCCGAUACUGAUAUGUCUGUUGAUCCCAAUGAGCCUGUUUAUUGUUACUGUCAAGGAGUUUCGUAUGGGGAAAUGGUAGCAUGCGAUAACACAGAGGUAAACAAAAAACAAAAAAACAAUCUCAACAACCCCUUCUUUACUAAGAGUUUUUUUAUAAAGUGUGAUAUCGAAUGGUUCCAUCUUGCCUGUGUAGAUUUAAAGACUGUGCCAAAAGGAAAAUGGUAUUGUGAUAAUUGUAAUAAAUAUAAAGGAAAGCAAAGAAGAUCAUGAACACAAAUUACUGAAGUUGUACAGGUAAAAAAUUGCCUACAAUCACAGUCUACAUAAUUUUUUUGUUAUAUUAUCAAGUAAAAAAUAUAUAAACUUUAAAUCCUCUCCCUCCUCCACACACACACACACACACACAAAUCUAUUCU